UGAAAAUUCUUCAAGAUGGAUUUCAAGCUGGCAGGAAGGUGUUCUUAGCCUUUUCAUAGUUGCCUGCAGUGGUUUUGUUGCUGGACUAUGCUGUCGUUGUUGCCUUGCUUGCUUUUGUCGCUCUUCAAUACUGGCCAGGUUAGAUUGCUUGGUUGUUAGACCUUAGAUUAUGGAUGUUUGAUCAAUCGGGUUAUGAUUUAUCGAUUGGUGGAGUUGUGGAGGAAGGCUGGUAACGUUGACGAGGCUUGGGAGCCAGUAUACGGUCCGUUGGAUUGCUAAAUUGUUGUGAUAUAUGGUCUGUUGAAGUGCUGAAUUGUUGUGCCAGUAUACGGUCUGCUGGGAUAUUGAAGGAUGGGUGAUUCUGAGAGGAAUAACCUUGUGAUGACUGAGGUGAUGUCCUCUUCGUCUAAUCGAAUUACUGAUAAGAAGCUUGUGGGUAGUUCUAACUUCCAUCAAUGGAAGAAAAUUGUGAAGCUUACUUUGACAGGGAGGAAUCAGAUUAGACACAUAACUAAGCCGAAACCCGAAGAUGAUGCAAAUUAGGAUAUUGUUGAUGCAUGCAUCCUUGGUCAGAUGUUAAACGCUAUGGAAAAUAAUAUAGUUGAUCUAGUAAUUCAUAUCGACACGGUCAAAGAAAUGUGGGAAUAUUUGAAUGUAUUAUAUUCUGGCAAGAAUAACCUGUCACGAGUUUAUGAGUUAUCGCAGGAGUUUUACCGAUCUGAAAGGAAGGGACGUCCUAUGACGCAAUACUUUGUUGAGUUUAAGAGAAUGUAUGAGGAGUUGAAUGCUAUUCUUCCCAUUUCAGCCAAUAUUCAGCAAAUGCAACUUCAAAGAGAACAAUUGGCCGUAAUGGUGUAUCUAGCAGGCAUUGGUCCUGAAUAUGAAACUGUUAAGUCUCAGAUUCUUGGAGGAGAGGCUGUCGCAUCACUCACGGAUACGUUUGCUCGGGUACUUCGGGUAUCUCGUGAGUCUCCUCAGGAUAUUACACCUAUGGCAGAUAGUUCAGCUCUUGUGUUCCAAUCUCGAUCGGGUAGCGAUAGCAGGAGUGAUGGAGGAAAUCGUGAAGGAUAUAGUGGACGUGGUGGCCGAGGUGAAGGACCAGGGAGAGGCCAAGGCCAACAGCACGUGUCUACUAACAACUCAGGAGCCAUACGGACGUGUCAUUACUGUGGGAAAGCUGGCCAUAUUCAAAAAAUUUGUUAUAAGUUACAUGGAAGAUCAGUGCAGCAACAACAGUUUGCACAUACUGCUUCUGGUACUGAUUCUUCUCCACAGUCUUCUGAAGGCAAGGUAGUUGUUAUGUCUGAUGAGGAGUUUGCACGCAAUCCCCACGAGCAUGGUUUGGAAGAUUUUCUGAUGCUGUACUUUCUUUUGGACUGUCUAGAUGUGGAAAUGAUCAUUCUUUCUUUUAUAAACAAUCACGGGAGGCAAACGUUCUUGAUUGUGUAUGUUGAUGAUAUUAUCAUCACGGGAGAUGAUUUGACUGGUAUAGUUGAACUAAAGAUUUAUCUUCAGCAACAGUUUCAGACUAAGGAUUUAGGAAAAUUGAAGUAUUUCCUAGGAAUUGAAGUUGCUCAGUCACAUAAAGGUAUUGUUCUAUCACAAAGAAAAUAUGUGCUGGAUUUGCUUAAUGAGACAGGUAUGUUGGGAUCAAAACCUCUUGAUUCACCCAUGGAACAAGGGGUCAAACUAGCUGCUGAGGGAGGAGAAACUCUUGAUAACCCGGAGAGAUAUAGGAGACUGGUAGGAAAUCUGAAUUAUCUUGCAGUCACUCGACCAGAUAUUGCCUUUCCAGUUAGUGUGGUAAGCCAGUUUCUAUCUUCUCCUCAUACAUCUCAUUGGAAUGCAGUUAUUCGGAUAUUGAGGUACUUGAAAAAGACUCCAGGAAAAGGAAUUAUUUACCAAAAUUAUGGUCAUAGCAAAGUCGAAGGAUUCUCGAUCUUGAUUGGCGGUCUCCGGAUGAUAGAAGAUCAACUACCGGCUAUUGUACCUUGGUUGGAGGAAAUCUAG